AUGCUGCGAGUAUGGAAGGCUUCGGGUGGGGAAGUCCUUGCCAUGCAACUGGCGGAGUUUCUGUCGAUGACGGAAUCGGAGGUUUAUCCGAUCCGCGUCCUAAAGCGGCAUCUGCACAGGCUGUGCGGGCAGCCUAGAUUCAAGCAGCGGCUGGUGCUGCAGGACGGCACCCUGCUGGCUGAUAGCGACACCUUGGAGAGAGCGGUGGAGCUGCAGCUCGUGCUUCUACCCUUCUGCGCAGGCGAAGCGGAGAAGGAAGAGAGGCUCCUACAGGCGAUUGCAGGGAACAGGGUGGCGGAGGUGGAAAACCUGCUGCAGAGUCCCCUGAAUCCGAACUCCGUGCGCCGGCGCCCCCUGCUCCUAGCCUGCGGCCAUGGCUUCUUAGAGAUCAUUGGUCUCCUCUUGGAGGCCAGCGCUGACACGGACCAGUCGGACUCCUUCGGCAACACUCCCUUGAACCUGGCAUCCUUCAAAGGAAGGAGCGACGUCGCCCGCCUCUUGCUGGAUGCUGGCGCAGACACAGACAAGGCCAACGACCGGGGCGAGACUCCUUUGUACAGGGCCUCUUCUGAGGGCCAGAGGCGUUGGCUACAGGUGGCCCGCAUGCUGAUUGAAGCUCGGGCAGACCCAAACAAGACCAACUGCCAUGAUGAGACGCCCUUGUACAAGGCCUCCUUGUCGGGAAACUCCAAAAUGGUUCAUCUGCUGCUUGGGGCAGGGGCGGACAAGAAUGCCAGCGACAGCUGCGGCGAGACCCCUUUGAUCAAGGCCUCCUGGGCGGGGUCCCUGCCAACUGUCCGGCUCUUGCUCGACGCCAGGGCUGAUGCCAAGGAGGCCAACCACCGUGGCGAGAGCCCGUUGUCCAAAGCAGCCCUGCGUGGGAAGAUGGAGGUUGUCGAGCUCCUGCUCCAAGCAAGGUCGGAGAUAGACGCGGCCAACCACUUGCGCUUGACCGCCUUGCACCUGGCUUGCAGGCACGGCCAUGAGGGAGUGGUCCAAGUGCUGCUUGAGGCAAGAGCUGCGACGGACCGCGCCGAUGACCACGGAAGCACCCCACUGCAAUGUGCCUGCCAUGCCCAGUUCUCGAACAUUGUCCGAUUGCUGGUCGGCGCAGGGGCGGACCCGGAGAGGGUCAGCGGUCAGUGGGCAAUGGGAUGCCUCCGGCAGAGCAGCGGGGCAAAUCGCGCAGAGGACCACCCGACUGGUACUUCGCACGGAGUGGGGUUUAGGGUUUAG